AUGCUUCCUGCCGUCGCCCAGGGCGCCAUCGGGAUUACAUGCCGUGAUGGCGACCAGGCGAUGCUUGAUUUUCUCGCUCCGUUGAACCAUCCGGAGACGAAGACGUGCGUCGAUUGCGAGAGGUCCUUCUUGGCGAGGUUGGAUGGCUCCUGCCGUACGCCGAUUGCGGGGCAAGCUUGUAUCGAGGAUGGAGUUUUGCAUUUUCGUGGGCUGGUGGCGAAGCCUGACGGAUCAGUCGUUUUUGAGACUGGCAAGAGCGGAAAGCCGGCGGAUGCGUUGGCUAUUGGGACUGAUGCUGGAACGGAGUUGAAGGAGAAGAUGGGGGAUAACUUCUUUGCGGUUUAG